AUGACUAAAGAUCAAAUCCCCACAGCCCCCGCGGCACCCUCGCCGCCACACAACCCUCAUCACGAAGAACACCAAUACCUCAACCUGAUCCGCGAAAUUCUCUCAGAAGGCGAGAAUAGACCCGACCGCACCGGCACGGGAACACGCUCAAUCUUUGCACCACCGCAACUGCGCUUCUCCCUCUCCAAGCCCAACCCAGCAGGCGGCGACCCAAUCCCCAUCCUACCGCUGCUCACCACAAAGCGAGUUUUCCUCCGCGCCGUGCUCGCCGAACUCCUCUGGUUCAUUUCCGGCUGCACCUCCUCGCUGCCGCUAUCCAAGGCCGGGAUCAAAAUCUGGGACGGAAACGGCAGCCGCGAGUUCCUCGACAAGUCCGGUCUCGGCCACCGCGAAGAAGGCGACCUAGGUCCCGUGUACGGAUUCCAGUGGCGACACUUUGGCGCCGAGUAUGUCGAUGCGAAAACAGAUUACACGGGUCAGGGCGUCGACCAGCUUAAGGAGGUCGUGCACAAGCUCAUUCACAACCCCUUUGAUCGCCGCAUUAUCAUGAGCGCCUGGAACCCCGCUGAUCUGAAGAAGAUGGCGCUGCCGCCGUGCCAUAUGUUCGCGCAGUUUUAUGUCUCGUUCCCGCCGGGUAUGAAGCUCGAUGAGAAGACUGGUCGUCCGUCGGAGAAGGGGACUCUGUCCUGUGUGCUGUACCAGAGAUCCUGUGAUAUGGGUCUUGGUGUGCCUUUUAACAUUGCUUCUUAUGCUCUCCUUACUCAUAUUCUUGCCCAUGCUGCGGAUCUGCAUCCUGGUCGUCUGAUCCACACUAUGGGCGAUGCGCAUGUUUAUCUUGACCAUGUUGAUGCGCUUCAAGAGCAGCUUGUGAGGGAACCGACGGCGUUCCCUGAGCUGCGUAUCAAGCGUGAUGAUCGGGGUAGCGCGGUUGUCGAUGGCUGGAAGGAGGAUGAGUUUGAGGUCAUUGGAUAUAACCCUCACAAGAUCAUCAAGAUGAAGAUGAGUGUUUAG